UGAAAGUUACAUUCGACACACUUGUAUGUUCAUUUAAAUCCAAAUCAGCCAGCAUUCCCGGCUAUAUAUAUAUGAUAUCAACAUGAUUCGCUGUACUAAUACCUUAUAGGCCGAGUCUAUAUUUGAAGAUAUGAUGUUCAAUUUAAUCAAGCACGAAACGUUAGAUAAAUUGGCAUUAUACAAAGCCAAAACAGCAUCAGUUGAUUCCGAGGGGUCCAGAAUUGAAGUACUUAUUAAAGAGCAUAAUGUCAACCUUGAUAUCUUCAAUCAGGAUAAGGUCAAGUUGAAAACUGCCGAUACGAACAAGUAUUUUACGUGUGAGAACUGUGGCCGUAGCAUUAGUGGGGGAAGAUUUGCUCAGCACAUCAACAAAUGCUUGGAGAGAAAGAGACGGUAGGCAUUAUGUAUUGCAUUCUUUUGAAACAUACUUCCAACAAAAACGUCUUGACUGAAAUUGCGUUGGUGAGGGUGGGGAGAAUCCCC